UCGGCAUUUGCCUCUUCCCACAUUCCACAACUCUUUGUUUCUGAUUAGUUGACCAGUGUUGUCGCUGUAAUUUCACAAUUUUGUUAAUUAAAAUUAAUUUUCAUUAGGAAAAUAUAAAAACACUUGAUAAAUAACUACAAACCCCCGACAAAGCUACACCCAACAUGGCUGCCGAAACAAAGAUUGACGAUGAAAUUGAGAAAUUGCGACAAGAAAUACAAGAACUACGGAGGAAUUGUGCCGCUAAGGAGAAACGCUUAUCGGAAUUGGAGGCUCAACAACAAAAACAAAAUGAACAGGCAAAUGCACAACAACAGCAAACUUCUGCUUCUUCUGAUCAAAUGCUAAACAAUGACGAUAUUGCCCGUUACAGUCGCCAAUUGAUUUUACCAAACUUUGGGGUAAAAGGCCAAUUGAAAUUGAAACAGACCGCCUUUCUCAUUGUCGGCAUGGGUGGUUUGGGUUGUCCCUCAUCUCAAUAUCUCUUGGCUGCCGGCUGUGGUCGUUUGGGUCUGGUGGACUACGAUGAAGUGGAGCGUAGCAAUUUCCAUCGCCAAACAUUGCAUACGGAAAUGUCCAUUGGCAUGGCAAAAGUGGAAUCGGCCAAACAAGCAUUGCAACAAAUCAAUCCCCAUUGUCAAAUUGAAUGCCACAGGUUGUUGUUGAACAGUGAAAAUGCCUUGGAGAUUUUACGACAAUACGAUGUUGUAUUGGAUUGUACGGAUAAUGUGGCGACCCGGUACUUGUUGAACGAUGCCUGUGUCAUGUUGAAUAAGCCAUUGAUUUCUGGCAGUGCCCUACAAAUGGAUGGCCAGUUGACGGUGUAUAAUUAUGGAGAAAAUUGUCCUUGUUAUCGUUGCUUGUAUCCGGUACCACCACCUCCGGAUACUGUUACCAAUUGUGGUGAUGGUGGGGUUUUGGGUGCAAUAACUGGCGUCAUUGGUUCACUGCAGGCCUUGGAAGCCAUCAAAGUGGCCUUGGGAGGUUUGGGUGGUGAAGUUCUAGCUGGUCGCCUGCUGAUAUUCGAUGGUGGUCGUUGUCAAUUCCGUAAUAUUCGUCUACGUUCCAAACGUGCCGAUUGUGAUGUUUGCUCCCCCAAGCCAAUGAUUACCCAACUGAUUGACUAUGAACAAUUCUGCGGCAUGCAUGCAUCGGAUAAGGAUAUGGCUUUAAAUAUUUUACCAUUGGAAAAUCGCUUAACCGUGGAAGAGUAUAAAAAUGAAGUUUUGCAGAGGAAGCAUAUAUUAAUGGAUGUACGCCAACCGGCCGAGUUUGAAAUAUGUCGUCUGCCAAAUUCCGAAAAUGUCCCUUUGAAGACAAUUUUAAAUGAUUCAUAUUUGCAGCGUUUCGAAGAGGAGUUAAAAGAUGAAGAGCGGGGUAUUAUUUUACUCUGUCGUCGUGGCAACGACUCGCAGUUGGCUGCCCAACACAUUUUGCAGAGAUUUCCCCAGCGUGCUGUGUUCGACAUUAAAGGUGGCCUACAUGCUUGGCAUUUUAAGAUUGAUAAUAGCUUUCCUAUUUAUUAGUAAGAAAUUGGGGUUUUUCUUUAAAUUUUGAAAUAGUUUUUAAGUAAUCGUGAGUGCUAAUAAACAAUAAGGAAUGUUAUUAAUUGAA